AUGUCUCCGUUUCCCGAGGGCUCCCUCAGCGGCGGGGCGGCAGCGGAGAAUGGACUCGCCGGCGGCGAGAUGGGCCGAGGAGGGCGCUAUGAGGCCUCCGGUGGCGCCGGUCCUAGCCUUAAUGGUGUCUCCCUGCCUGGAAAUCGGCUUUAUUCUCUGUUGCCUGACGAGGGAUGCUCGGAUAAGGAAAGCAUGAGGAGGCUGAGGCGCUGCAUCGUGGCGGCGGCGAAGGGUUUCUCCAUCGGGGCGGGGCUGAAAGGCGGGCUCGCGCUCUUCGCCAUCCUUUCUAGGCUGAGAAGUCGGAGAAUUUCUGCGUCUUUGAGGUUCGAUGGAGUUCUUUUUUUUUCAUGGCCCUAACCACAUCUCUUACACUUCUGUCUUCGGGUGACGACUGAUCUUUGAGUUGACAUUCUGAUUAGAUUGGUCCGUAGGAAAAGGCGAAAAAAUUAUGAUUCUAUACUAAUGUUACAAUGUUUAUCAUGUUAGUCCCAUAUCUCGUAGAAAUCCCCAUUCAUUUGCUGUUCUGUUCACCGUCGCUUUUUGCAUUUCAUUUCAGAAAGGCUGGAAGUCUUUCGAAUGCAGAGGCAGUUUCGGCUGCACUGCAGGAUACUUUACGCUACGGCCUUUUCUUGGGAACAUUUGCGGGUACUUUUGCUUCUGUGGAUGAAGCCAUUUCUGCGCUUGGAGGGAACAAACGGUCAGUUACAUAUGGUUUUCACUGAUUCUGUUUUAGUUUGUUGUGUUAGUUACUGUUGUUCUUCCUGUCAAAAACUGAAUUUAUCACUCAAUUAUUGCAACCGUUCAUUUUUUUCCCGGUGCGUUUCUUAGAACAAUAUCCUUUUCUAAUUUUAUACUAAUUAUCCGCCCUAAUUGGCUGUAGCGAUCUUCUUAUUCUAACAAACUGCUUGCUCAAUUGGUAGAAUCUGUUUGUAAAGAAAUUAUUUAUUCUAAAAUGGGAAUAUUCUUUAAGAAAGAUUAGAUAUGACGAAUUUUGCAGGGACACUAUUGGAUGAUCUUGACUGUUCGUUAUUUUUGGUUUUAGUUAAGAUUGUGCCUGCGGGAUGCAAUCAUUUUGUAGUGAUUUUUUAUUUAUUUUAAAAGCAAUACGAAAACGUAUUCUUAUUUGAAUGAGUAAUAUAUAUAUAUAUAUAUAUAUAUAUAUUCUGAAACAGUGUGCUGACAUCUUUUAAACAAUUCAUUUUGUUCAAGGUAACUUUCAAUCCUACGGUUAGGAGUGGAUGACACUUGAGACUACUUUUGUUGAUUCGAAUUGAUAAACCUGUUGUUUUCCAUCACUUUAUAUAUUUUAUUAGAGCCUAUUAUUACUUUAUGGGAGGAUUAACUCAGACGUCCUAAUGUUGUAGGAUAGCAUAAAAAAACUGUGGACUUUUACAGGGGGGAAAGACAAGGUGCAUAAUUUAAAUCGGUAAACCAGCCUUGGACUUUUGAUCAUGUGUGGAGGAGGUCGGGGCCAUAGUCAAAAAGUUUUACACUGAAGGGAUUUGAAGCCCAAGUAGUGGAAGGGGCCGAGUUUAGGGGGAUGCAAAUGAGAGGCUCCAUUGUUUGGUGAUAGGAGGUUGGAGAUAAAGCCAACGAUGGAAUAAAGGUGAAGUUCAAAAACAAACGUGAUGAACUACCGAGGCACUUCUGUUUGGUCUUAUGUGGACUUGUGCUCAUAAUGUGUGGAAGAAAAGGGACUUCUAAUAGCCCCUGUCUCCUGUCCAAUCAUGGCCAAAGACCAUUUGCCUUAUGUGGACUUGCGCUUAUCCAGGAGAUCGUGGUCAUCCUCCUCUCUUUCAAAAAACUACAUAAAAUUUUAUUACAGAGGUGAAUUAAUGGGUACAUGGGGGCAAGUUGAAUAGCCACAUGAUGAUAGCUAUCCGGAAGAAAAAGGUGCUAGGAGAUCCCAGUUUUGUUGAGCGUGACUCAUGUUGUUCAGCCAUUUAAUGGUACUACUUGCAGGGGGAAGUGACUGGACAUUUUUCUGCUUGAUGAAAAGUCAUCAUUAGUAGCUUUUAACAAGAAAAGGUGAGUAAAUGAAUUGUUGCAGAAGUGUGAAGAGGAAAACUGUUAUAGGAAAAAUUAUCGCAUAUAUUUGUCCCUUUCCAUGGAAAUUAGCUAUUGAUUCUUUGAGGUUAGAGCUUAGUGUUGAGCGAAGAAAAUAUUCUUUAUUCAAGUAGUUCUAGUUUGCCCGAAUAAAAUAUGCAAAGAGAGAAAUGAAAAGUUAAAGUGUUGUUUGAGGACAGUGAUAAUGCAAUCCCCCUGAGUCUGAAAGUAGUGUCUAGGUUUCCUUUUUUUGGGAAAAUUAGGUGCUGGUUGAAUCAGAGGUCGGAUUAAAAAUGCAGAGAAGUUGUAUGGAGUUUAUAAUUGGUUGAAUUUGGUGAAGGUACACUUCCUUUGCUUUACCUAUUAUUUCGAAACAUACUCUGGGUUCUGUGUUACAUUACCUCAUGUGCCUUCCUGAUUUUAGUUAUAGUUGCUUUAUUUUACUUGUUGGGGUGUGGGUUAAUGGGUAAUGGGUGACUUCCAUAGCCUUGUUAAUGCUCUUAAUUUCCCUCUAGUGUGCUUUUGACAGGUGUACCUCUCAUACAUGUCUGACAUAAUUAUGAAAAUUUGACAUGAAGAAAAAACCUUGGUUUUUAAGUAAAUUAGGCUGACCUUUCUUACAGGACGGCAAAGUGGAGGGCACUGGUUGCUGGGGCCAUUGCAGGACCAUCAAUGCUUUUAACAGGACCAAAGACCCAGCAUACAAGUCUUGCAUUAUACAUCCUUAUGCGUGCUGCAGUCUUGGCAUCACGCUGUGGAAUAAAGAGCAAACGAUUUGGGAACGUUUGUAAACCUCUGACCUGGAGAUAUGGUGACAUAUUUCUUAUGUGCCUGUCAUCGUCACAAAUACUGUAUGUGGUCUUUCUGCAGGCAUUUGAACAAUAUUUGGUUCAUUGUUUAAGUUUUUCAGGAAGCAUAUCCUUUUUUGAAAAAUCUAUACUGCCGAAUAUUUUUAUUUUUUUCCGUAAUGAACCGCUGCCAGAUUACUCAUCUGUCUGGCCAAUGUAACUAGCCUAGUAUUUACUUAAACUUCGAAAGCGAAUUUCAGCUUGAAGUUAGAUUUGCCUUAUAUAAUCUUUCUUAAUUUAACCAGGUCGACAUUAAAAUUUUUUUGCUAUCAACUUGGGUCAUCAUAAUAUAAGGGUUUAAAAUGCUGAAAAAUUGAUCCAACUUGUUUGAGUCUGUCAGAGAACCUAGUUAAAGAAUGAAAGAUCUAGCUUUAUAGGCUUAUUCUUCUUUCUUAGUAAAGGUGGCGUUUGAUUGAUAUUUAGGGCUAUAAAUCAAACGCUGAUAUUAUAUUUAAUACCAUGACCGUGCGUUAAUUUUUUUCAGCUUAUUACCUUGAAAUCCGCAUUAAUUUUUUUUUUGUAUUCAUCGCUUUUACAGAAUCAGCUUCAGUUUCUCCUUCUAGCAUUUGCUGAUAUCAUUUUGUGCUGAAUCAAAAUAUUGGCCAUAAUAUUUCUCUUUUUUUUACAACUUGGAAGCUUUGUCCAUUGUUUUGUGCUAAGACUGCAUAGUAGACUCUAUCUAAUUGACGUCACUCAUGGUUUUAAUCAAUUGUGGCAUCUAGACUCUACAUUAGCGAUUUCACUCCCACUCAUCCACAGAAGAAAACGGACACUGGUAUUUCAACAAACCUGUAUUUCUUGUGGCUAGGGUUUUUCCCCUCCAAGGAUUCUAUAAGUUGUUGAGGGUAUGAUAGUUCCCCGUUUAAAAUAGUACGGUGCCAUAGCAUUUGAUCAUAAUUUUGCAUCUUUUUUUAUUUGAUUUCAUUGCACAAUAAACUUUUCCAGGCGUUCGUCAUUGUGUCAUUUCAUGUCUCCUGUAGAGAUGAAAAAUCUGGUUACUAGACGCAAAUAAGUUGUUAUUAGGAUUUUUCUCUUACACAGUAACCAAGGAAUCGGUAUUGUACUUAACGUUUUCUUACGUCAAAGAUGAUAAAUAGUCUCCAAGCAAGAAGGUUCAUCCAGUCGUAAUAUACUUAACAUCUUAAUCUUUUUUUUAUUUCAUCGAGCUAGUGAUGUAUUUUGUUGUCCUCAAAGGACCUUCAAGAGUCAAGGAUGUCAGGUUCCCCUCGUGUUUUCAAGAACUACUAAAAGCAAUAUAUGUCUAGGAAGAGUAGUAUUGAAUGAAGUAAUAUUGAGAGAGAGAGAGAGAGAGAGAGAGAGAGAUAGAAAGAUAGAGAGAUGGAGGAAAAGGGGUUCUAUUGGACCCAAUAGGCGGGUAGAGUGAAAGAGAGUCUGGGAUUCUGGGAAGGCGAGAGUAGACUUCAAGUUUUAUAUAAUGUUGAGAUGAUUCCCAAAAUCUAGCCUCAAUCAGUUUCCAACCCCGACUUUUUCCUCACUAUGGUAAAAAUGUGUAGACUCAAAUUUUUAUAAGUAGGCUCAACAUUUCCCUAUUGCAAUGAGAAGUGAAUUAUUCCCUUUUAAACAUUGAAGACUCCCACGAGUUGCCAAUGGCAUAAUGAAUUCCCACGUUUCUCGCAUAUAGCCAUUGAGAUGUAAUUUUGCGCUGUUCAGAGCAAAAACUCUCCAAAUAUUGACUCUUACUAAAGUUUUCCUAUUUUAAUGUAUCAAAUUGGUGAAUUGGAAUUGACGAAAGCAUAGAAGUUUGAAGAAGUUAAUCGAGCUUCUAAAGGAAUAAAGAUUGAGUGAGAAGCAUAAUUAUGCAAAAUGUUUAGCUGCCAGAAAUUGAUUGCUUAUGAAACUGUGUUUUAUCCGUGUGGAUUCAAUGAAUAGUUAGAGGAUUAUUUAAAUUACUGGUGGCAUGGGCUAUGAAUUCAACAUUAUGGCUACAUCCUUUCCAAAUUAAUUUCUACAAUGUACACAUAACUUAUACCUAUUUGCUAAUAAGAAAGUUUUGUUAAUUUGGAGAAAUUCAAGGGACUCUCUUCAGACAGGGGACACUAAUAAGAUCUGAAGGUCAGAUUGCAUGUUACGAGUUUCUGUCAUUCCAUCUGAGAUCAGAAUUCCACAUGCGGCAAAAGAGAAGAGUAAACAAUGUGAUUUUCGCAACGUUAUUUAUUUCGACAAUUGUUCGUAUAUAUCACAGGAGUCUUUCAACAUUUUUCAAGAACUUUCAGUUUCAAUUACUCUUUUAUUUUUAAUGUUUGGGCACCUAAUUUUGACUGUUAUAACUUGUGUCCAGGGCUGCCUAUAUAUUAAAACAAGAUAGCUUACCUCCAUCAUACAUGUCAUUUCUUAAGAAGCAUGGUGCAAAGGAUUCCAGUAUACUUGACGGUGUAAAGGAUAUUGCUAAUGGCUCGGCUUUGACAAAGUUGAACGCAAUUGAGAACUAUUAUAAGUCCACUGGUGUUGACCUGAAACUUGAUCCUAAUAUGAAACUUCCUUGCCCGGUAUGCAGCUGUCAAAUAUUAAUUCUCAUUUACAUUGAUUAGAGAUACUGAAAAUAAGACUUUUAGAAUGAGAUUGAUUUAGGAAAGAAUAAACGGAUUGUUCCUAUCUGGGAUAAAUUUUCUAGCGAAUCUUUAUCUUUGAAUUUUCUGUGACGUAACCAUGACAGAUGAAGUAUAAACCGUACACAUUGGCUUAUUUUGUUCUAGAUUGCUGCAACAAGAAAAUUCAUGUGUUUGUCAACCAUUGACAUUAACAUUGAUCAGGACUAUGUCACCUUUAUAUUAUGUUCUAUUGGUCUCCCAGAUAUGAUUUCGAUGUUUCAUCCUUCUUAUUGCUGAUUUAAUGUGAUAGAACAUAGUUAUCUUCUUCUCUGCGGCGAGAAAAGUUUUUUGUCCACUAUCUCAUUCCGCUGCUUUAUCUUUCUCCAUGUCCAGCACCUCUUUCUGAUGACCGAAACAUAACGUGAUGGUUUCAUUCAUGAAAAUAUCAAUCGUUUAAUAGCCAGAUUGUAGACUAUCACAACUACUUAUAAUGCUCUACAUUUGGUGGAAGAAGGAUCCAUGUCUCUCUUAUGUUCACAAGGUUAAAUUGGAUAGAAUGGCUUCUAGACUACUUGAAGUGCUAAUGGAUUAAUCUCUAAAAGUUCUAAAUUUAUGAGAAAAAUGUUUACUGGCCUGUACUAAGUGUUGGAAGAUUUACCUAGCUUUUCUCUGCUAAACCGUGGUUUCAUCUUAACCAAGAAUCCAAUAGAAUAGUUAGAAAAAUGUUGCGUUCGUAAAUUAUCCUUUUCUUUUCAAGAUAGACAAAAUGAUUAAUCUAGUCUGGUAAUUCUUCCUAAGGCCUUAACACCUUUCUCCCCGGAUGAGUAGAUGAUGUAAAGGAUGGCCCAAUCAUGCAGCCUUAACACUGUUCUCAUUAAAUUUCCCUUCUUUUAUUUCAAAUAAUAGAUGGAACCUAUACUUUUCCAGAAAUUCAUCACCAAUAAGUUUCCUCAAUUUUCCUGAUUAGAAUUUUGAUUGUCAAACGGAAGAAGGUUGCCAAAUCAUGAUAUCAAAUGCUAAAUCAUGACCUCUGGAGUGCAUAUGUUGAUUCCUCAAGCCAUGGUAUCUGGAAUUGAGCCAGACAUUACAACGUUAUACAAAUUUUGUGAGGACUCAUGCCUCUCUGUCAUCAUUCUUUCUAAACUUCAUAAGACUUUAUACUGCUCAACUUCAGUAUGAGUGCGUGAUCAUCUGCAAACAAGCUGCCACGGCUACUUAACAUAACAUUAUGAAUGUGAGAAAAAAUGAACCAAUAGCCAUGUCAUAGCAACCGAUCAGUGGUUAUUAACAAAUAGACAGGACUGUGGCAGUGCAAAACAAACAGAUUGAGUAGAUUAUGUUUUAAAAUCUAUUUUUCGUUUGAUGUCUUGAUUGAUUGGGAAGAUGCAAUCAGAUAAUCAGAAAAUAUUAACAAUUGAUGUUUUUCUUGUAUUUUAUGAUUCACUCAAUUUCUUCACCCAAGCAAAACAAAGAAUACUGCAAAUAGAUUUACCAUCUUCGGGACUUGGCAAGUAGAUUCUGCAAAUUUGAUUCAAAAUGAGGUUUAUUUUACAUGGAAAAAUUUGCAUGAUAUCUUUUCUUUUCCAACAUAAUCGCCUUCUUCCAAGAAACUUGAUGGGGGAUGACAUAGAAAGAUAUCUGAUUCUUUUAAAUGAACUUGAGUCUAGGUCAUUUCUAAAUGCCUAAGACAUCUCUGUGGAGAUGAAAAAUAUAAAGAAACAGGAGUCUACAGUAUGUCUGAAACUAUAUAGUGAGUCUGGUGCACCCUUUAGUCAGAUGUCAUCAUACUUCUGCCAUGAGGCAGAAGCCUUUUUCCGUAUGCAUGUUCACUGGUUUAAGAGACUUUUGAGUCAUAUACUUAUUCUACUUAUUACAAAAAUAUGUAUUUAUGCAACGAAAACGGAAGCAAGGUAUCUGUUGAUGCACAUCACUAGUUCAUGAAAGAAUAACUGGACAUCACAGAAGAGCGAACAACGAACAAAUACAGUAUAUUUUAUAAAAAGGCUUUCAUUAAGGAGUACCAUAACACGAGUUUUUCACUUAACAUCCAAGUUUUUGUUCCUGCAACACCUAAUCUGUUGCAUCCACAAUGCUCGUGCUUUGCCAUAGUUUUAUCUUACAUGCCUGUUCAAGGUUCUCCUAUUGCAUGAUGGACAACACGUAUUGCUUCUCAUGUCAACGUUCAGCACCCUGCAUAAUUAUUCCUUCGUAGACAAGAAAGAUAUUCUAUGUUCAUAAUCAAGUCAUUCAUCAGAUUCAUGCAUUGGCCAUAGGAUCAUGAAACUUGUCAUGGGAUAAGAAAGAGGAGUCUUGCCCAUUGCUGAAGUCACCACAUCUCCAUUGUCACCACGUCAGUAGAACGGAGGGAAAAGAAUAAUAUAUCUGGGUUUUCAGUCUUUUUAAAAUACAUUUAGAACUUAACUUUACCUUACAAGGGUGAGGGACUGAAACUAGGACUAAGAUUGGUUUCGAGGAAUUCGUAGCCCAAUUGUAGCAGUGGGCUAUUUUUCACUAAUUCAGCUAGUUUGUGGGGAGCUGGAACAAAAUACAUCUUAAAUGUUUUAGCCCUUGUACCUCUAUUAUUGAAACAGUCAUGGAAAAUCACAAAGACAUUAGAAGAGCAAGAAAAAAUAAAAAAUUUAUCCACUAUGAUAAACUCCUCAACCUUAGUAAAUGGGGUUAGUACUUUUUUCAACUCAUGUUCGAGUUCUUCGAAGGAUGUCCUCUAAAACCUUCUUCAGCACUUUACUAGUACCCUUUUCUAACAUUUAUAAUAUUUCCCUUUGGAUAUUUCGAUCUCCUUUCUCCUUUUUCUUAUUCUUUUCAUCCUUUAAAUGAGUGGGCUAGUUUUAUGACAUCCAAGGACAGUAACACGGGUUUGGUUUGAUGGAUCAUCCAAGGGCCUCAAAUCCUCUUCUUCCCCUUCCCAAAUCCUUUGGGUCUUUCAACACUGUGUUAACAAUUUCUGUUGGACCUACACCUCUCCAGUCAAUGAAAAAGAGUCAAUGGAAUAGGCAAGCAGGCCUGCAGCAUCAGGUUCACCAGGAAAAGCAUAAGCAUUGGUUGCCAAAAAAAUGAGAGACGAAAUAGACUCUGAUACAGCAAGUUCAGUACACUGAGAGAAGAAAGAUUACCCCAAUCUUUGUUCUCAGCAAUAUAAGCAUUGAUUGUCAUAGGCAUCUGUAGGUUGUAUUGCUAUGCUAGCUUUCAUCACAUGGCGCAUGCUUCAACGUCUUCUAACUUUGUUAUAUCAGUGGAUGUUAGCAAUUUACAGUUUUAGGAAAGAAGGCAGUUGUGGAAGCAGUUAUAAAGUCCUUGGCCACUAGUUCAGACUGUCUUCAAACUUUCUUCCCCACCUACAUACUGUCCUCAAAUUCUCUACGUAUGACAGCAUCUGUUGACUUAAGAUUUCCACCUAAAGCCGUAGAUGGUUCUCCAAAAUACAUGGACUGACCAGUUGGAUAGUCCUUAAAAUCAUAAGCCGUCAAUAAAUAAACAUAAGGGUUAAAAUUAGAAGCCAUAAAUAUACAGGAAACGAUUUAAUUUCAAACAAGGUUCGAACUGGCAUAACGAGAUCUCCAGUUUGUGAAGCAAUCAGAGUAAGGCCACAAUAGUUUGCUGAAAUAUUAAAAAACUGAAAAUUGUUACUAUAUGUGUGCGAUUUACAUCUGUCUUUGCUCAGGAAUUAGCUCAAAAUGCUAGCUUUUUGUGUGCAGGGCUUUUGGCCGAUUAUCAUGUUUACAAUAAAAACUGUGUAAUCACAACUCUUAGAUAGCCGUAGACAGGUUGCUUUACCAGAAUUUUUAUGCACUUUUUUAAAACAUCUUUUCAUAAUAAUGUGCUAAGGACAAGAUUUUUUCUCAUAGAAAUAUGAUCUGCUGAAAAUACAGUAGGCUAGUCCUCUUUAGUAUGGCGUUAGUUGACUUCUGAAACUGUCUUGCGGCUGGGAAUUUUGAAAUGGAUAAACCUUGGAUGUUAUCAUAUGAGAAUCCUACCUCGAUGUAUCCUUGUGAUCUAUUGAAUGCGAAUAACUCUCAGAUGGCGGGACAAAGUUGAGAACAUGGAUGUGCAUAGGAGAGUGGAAAACACGGUUGGGAACAUGAUUCUGUUAUUUAUUAAUGCAUGAACCGGAACACAUAGAAAACUCAAUACUUCCAUGUUACAAUUAAUAAUGUUGUGCUGGUUGAUGAAUAUUGUAUUAUUUUUCCCUCUGCUUGAUGCUUUAGUGCUGAAAAUAGGUUUGGAGAGCUUCAAUGUCGUACUUUCUGCCAUGCUUGUAACUAAAUGAUGCAAACCGAACAAGAAUAAACAGUGGGGAAAAUUUUCUGUCAUAUCAAUUCAUAGAAAAAUUGCUGGUUGUAUAUAAGUAUCCCAGCCUGAAAAAAGGAAAACUGCCUCGGUCGAAUCCUACAAUAUAAAGGAUACUCAACCAAAUUAGGAAACAGACCAACAACCUAACCAAUAACAGGAAACUGGACAAAUUAGGAAACUGACCAGCAACCUAACCGACACGGGAAAUUGACCAACAACCUAACCCUUGAUUAUAUGUUUUUUCCCGCAAUAAAUAGUUAAUGAUGGUUCAAAUUUGAUUUUUCUGCAGAUUAUCCAUGGAAAUCAGUCUUGUACGGAGCACGCAUUAUCCUUCUUUGUUCAAGCCUAUGGAAGGGCUUUGCCCGUUUAUCUUCCUGUGUAUUUGGUUCCUGCUCUGAUAGUGCAUCGGCAAGACCUCUUGGAAAGGUAUCAAAUCAGCUUCAUACUGUAGAGAAGCUACAUAAACUUGUGGAACAUAAUUUAAGCUGCAGCUGACUGUGCAGAUUCCUUGGAUACAAAUAUCACUUGAUGAAUAGAAUCGAGUUUUCUUUUAGGUGAAUUAUUUAGCUGCUAGCACUCACUCUAAAAUGUUUUCCGUGUUAAAACAAAAUUCUUACGUGGGAAAAAAAAAUCAAGAAAUAGUUCUUUCUCCUCCAUUCGAACUUUAAAUUAUUUUAUUUUAAAACAAUAAUAGAUUUCUCACUUAAAUAAAAAUUCUAAUGUUAGCCGACCUCCUGUCAUUUUUUUAUGACUCAACCGUCUUUUUUGUUUUUUUCCUGAUAUCCUAUGCAGACCUUAUACAAUUUUGUGGAAGAGUCUCAUUGGCACCGCAAGAUCAAGUCUGUUUCUUUCUGUAUUCUGUUCCUCUGCAUGGUAAUUAUUCUAUCUCUUAAUCUGCGGAGCUAUGAUUCAGAAUCUUGUUUUUUAUCUAGUGUAUAACUGGAAAUUGCUGAGAAGGUAGCUUCUUUAAUUUAGUAGUUGUGUUUGUUCAUGAGAGGUAUGAAUGUUGUAGUGCCAGUUGUCCAACACUAAUUUUUUACUAUGACCAUACUUUUGAGUGGCUUCACAUGGAACUUGGUUAAAUGGGGGAAAAAGUGUAAAAAAAGUGUUGUGAAUUUGUUGUGAAUGAAUUCCCUGUGCAGAAAUAUGUAAAGUUAUGAUAUAUUUUUCUAGUGAGGAUAUGACAGAUGUUGUUUCAAAAUACUUCUGUUUGGCAAGCAGUAGAUAUUCAAAGAGGAUAAAUUGCAGUCUUAGAUGAAGUUUCAGUGGGAAACAUUGCUUGAGAAGAUACAACUUUAUCCUUCUUAGGGCGUUUUGAUUGUGGUAAUUAAUGCAGAUAUGCAGUUAAAUGCCGUAUAUGGGAGCUGUUCAUAGCAACUCUGUUUAUGCUUAUGCCAAUCUAGACAGAAAAUUAGAGUUUACUGUGAUGUUGUUUCUUUUUUCAUGUCUGUGCAUGUUUGGUGGCCUGUGGAGUGUGGAGAUGCUGGAAACGAUGAAGUCAAUGCUGUUGGUUUUCCAGAUUCAAGUGGUUUUGUUAUCGAGGAAGGAAGCCAUCCACUUUUGCUGAUUAGUUUUAGGAUGCUCUGUCCUGUCAUUGAUGAUAGGCUCUAACUGUCUGACUAAGUUGUGGUGCUUUCUUAUCCAGUCGCAUCAUAACCAUUUCUGAGAACCUAGUGUGUGAAUGUGGUGAUUGUGAGACUCCCGCAGUUGACUCUGCAUAUCUAUAUUCUUUGGGAUGGUGACAGCUUUUGGAUAGGUAGUAAAUGUAAAGGUUGUGAUAAAUCUGGAGCUGUCCUAAGCGUAUUUGCCUUCACUGAGAAAGCAAGUGCUUUUGGACCCAUAAGUGUUCAUAUGAUGGUUGUGAUAGAUCCGGUAUUGACGUCUGAGCUCACAUAUCUUCUCUGAUGAAAAAAGUUAUCAGGGAUAAAUGUGUUGAAUCCAUAGAAAACUAGAAUCUUUUGGCUUUGGCUGAGAGCAUGAAACUCUGUUGACUAUGGGAGUUUCUGUCAUCAAGAAAUCAAGUAGGGAAGCGCAACUUCAUUGUUGACUUAGAGAAAGGUAAAGAGGCCACCUUGCUUCUCUCCGUGUUGAACGAAAUCUGACUAUGUAAAAGUAGAAGGGUUGAAUACUCCCUCCGUGCUCUUGCUCCUGAAAUGGUUUACUUGAUUCUCCAUGUUGUAUUAUUUUUCUGUGCUUCUUGAUUAUCAUAUUAUCCGUAGAGAGCUUGUCUGCCCAAGGUUAUUGUCUCUUCUAUUCAGUCAGCUUAUGACCAUUCAGCCUCAUGAAUGUAACCAUAUAGAAGCGUUUUGCCAGGUAUUCAAGGUUAGCAUUUUGUCUGCUUAAUAGGAAGGGAUGCAAUAUGGCUUCUGUCACAUGUUUAUCCAAGGUUACAGCCUGGUUAGAGGCUAAACAGAUGAUGCCAUUUCAAGAAAGACAUUCUUAAGAGGUUUAACCCGUCAUAAUUUGUGUGGUUUGUCAAUUGGGCUCUCUAGAUCUCUUCCUGUAGUAUGAUGUGAUGAUCAGAAAGAAUUUAUGAGCGCCAAGUGUCCAACAUGCUGAUACCCAAAAUAUAUUCGGAUUAAAUUGGUGGUGAUGUACUCUAUGAUUAGCCUUUUUAUUGUACGAUUUGCUGAAGUUAAUUAAACAGAAGGAUCUGAAUAUAGGAGAUUGUUGAAAUAUAAUGUAAAUACUGCAUUAGCAGUUGGGUGAGGUGUAUCACGUGCUUCACUUAAAGAAGCACGUGAACAUCACCUGCAUGUCUCGGGAUGUAAGGCUCUUUGUCUAGAACCUUCUCCCAUGGAUUUGUUAUAAAUAACAGAGCCCUUUCUCGAUGUAAAAAAAAAAAACUUCUUGAAUUCUUUUUCCUCAUAUGUGGUGAAUUGAAGCCCUUUUUUUUCCACAAGAAGAUUUGUCGUUCUUCAAGAAACAAAUGAACUAGAGGAAAUUCAACAUGGUAUAGUUGUGAUUGCUCCUUUCUUAUUAUCUCUUUCUGUAUAAGAGAUCUAUGUUGUUUCUGUAAUCCUCUUCUUGAGAACUUAAAAGAUCAAUAUAGUUUCUUGAGCCCUUCUCAAGACAUUUCUUGAUUUUCCUUUGGUUACGUACAAGAAUAACGUUUUUUUUCUACAUAGUAAGCAGUUGUUCCUAUUUUGAUUUGUUAUUAUUCAUGUCUGAAGGAGGAGAGACCUCAGUAGGUGACGUCUCUACCACCAUUAUGGAAGUCAAUCUUGUAUCAUUAAGAUUGAUGAUUGAACUCCUUGCCAUGCCUACAAAAUUUAAGUUGCCUGGAUUUAACCUCAUCCAGUGGUCAGAAUAUAUUAAUGAAGUUCUUACUAGCAAAGGGAUGCUACAUCAUCUAGAGGAAACUACACCAUAUCCAAUGUCAAGGCAAUUUAGAAAAUGGCGGAAGGGUGAUGUUUUGAUAAAGACAUGGAUUUAGGGAACAAUGAUUCCCCAUAUUAGUAGAGAUUUUUUCUUUAUGAAAACUACAAAAGAUUUGUGGGGAACAGUACACAUGAAAUAAUUGAUGAAAAAUAAUAAGUCACACAUAGCUGAAAUGGAGAUAAAAUCUCAAUCACUUACUCAAGGUUUGAAAUCAGUGAUGGAGUACAUAGGAGAACUUAAAACUCUAUGGCGGGAGCUGGAUUAUUAUCUUUGAUCUUGGGACUCAAGAACUCAAAGAAAUUUCUGCAUUACGAAAUUUCAUAGAACAAAGGCAGGUUUUUAAAUUUUUGGCUGGUUUAAGUCCUGUUUUUGAUCAUAUCAGACAACAAAUUCUAAGACGUGAAAGGAGACUAGGUCUGAAUGAGGUGAUACCAAUUAUAUAGAAUGAAGAGAGUCAUCAAAAAUUGAUGUUGUAUACUCAAGAGUCGGGUAAUACAACAUUUGUAGCCAAACCAGGACACCAUUAAAUCAACAGAAUAUUUGAAUCAUCAAUCGUCAUUUGUGCAAGGAAAAAACCAAAAAAACGAUUAUAGAGAUAAUCUCUGGUGCACUUAUUGCAGGAAACCUCGUCAUACCAAGGAGUCUGAACAAAUAGAAUUCUGAUAAUCGAGUGAAUCAGGCUCACAUGGUGAUUGAUUGUUCAUCCAAUCAAAAGUCUGAACAAACAGACCUAAGAAAUAUUGAUUCAACUCCAUCAAGUGAAGUAGAGAAACUUCACCUUAGGGGAGGAGUCUAUUGAUUGAGAAAUGUAUCAACGUCUCAUUGGACGAUUGAUAUAUAUCACACACACUAGACCUGACAUGUCAUAUGUAGUUAGCCUCUUAAGUCAGUUCAUGCAUCAGCCAACUGAAUCCCAUCUUCAUGCUGCCUAUCAGGUGUUACACUGCUUAAAAGGAACUCUUGGAAAAGGCAUUAUCUUCAACCAUGGUGAUAAAAGUAAUAGUUGAGAUGUAUACUGAUGCUAACUAUACUGGUUCUCUUUUAGAUCAUUGGUCAACUUCAGAUCUUAUGAUGUUUAUGAGAGGAAAUUUGAUUACUUGGCACAGCAAGAAAUAGAAUGUGGUUACUCGCUAAGGUGUAGAAGCAGAAUUCAAAGCACUCGCGCAUGGAAUAUGUGAACUACUUUGGAUGAAGAUUUUACUCACUGACCUAAAGAUUCUCAUUUCAGGUCUACUGUGACAAUAAAUUUGCAAUUAAUCUUGUGCAUAAUCCUAUUCAACAUGAUCGCACAAAGUAUCUGGAGAUAGACUGUCACUUUAUCAAGGAAAACCUAGAAUCUAAAGAAAUUUGUAUUCCCUACAUCUCCACUCAACAUCAACUAACUGAUUUGCUGACAAAAGGUGUCUUUGCGGCUCAACUACAAUAAGUGCUCUCCAAGCUGGGAGUAAAUGAUAUCAACCACCAACUUGAGGGGGAGUGCUGAAAUAUAAUGUAACUAUUACAUUAACAGUGGGGUAAGAUGUAUCAUGUGCUUCACUUAAAGAAACAUGUGAGCAUCACCUGCAUGUCUCGGGAUGUAAGGCUCUAUGUCUAGAACCUUCUCCCAUGGAUCUGUUAGAAAGAAAUAACAGACCCUGUCUUGAUGUAAAAAAAAUAAUCUUCUUGAAUUCUUUUUCCUCAUAUGUGGUGAAUAGAUGCCCUUUUUCUUCCACAGGAAGAUCUGUUGUUCUUCAAGAAACGAACGAACUAGAGGAAAUUCAACAGAGAUAUCAUCACUGAUGUGAGAUCACUAAAAAAUUCUUAUGAAUGCAAGGAAUAUUAAUGUGUUAACUUUAGGGGCUUAACUAGGCCUAUAUUCCCUUGACAAUGUAAGAAAGGGAUUGAGUUCCCAUUCGGCAACCAACCACCUGGAAGUUCUGCCUGUAGCUCUGCUCAGGUUUGCCAGAACAGGACCACAUGGCCUUGCUCAGGUUUGCCCAUUCAGGCUCAAGGGAAUCCACUUUCCGACCCUACCCUUGAUCAUGGGACCCACUCAUUAGCACGUUGACAUGUUUUUGUUUGGCUGUGAGUUGACUGCUUCCACUCACAAUCUAACAGGCGCCCUCUACCGCUACAAGAUGGAACCAGUGGACGAUCAUAUUGAACUCCAGUGAUGGACUUAUCUUGCCAUCAGCCCUUCUUAUACCCCACCAAAUCUGCUUUCAAACAGUCUCUCCUUCCCUACUAACCCAUCCUGAUUUUACCUUCAAGGUGAUAAACCUCUUCCCUCAAUGAUUCUCUAGCGAUCUUCCCUUCAAGUCACUUUCUUUUUCUUCCUUCACAGGGGACCUUUAAAGCUAAAAGCACUGUAACAUGCAUCUCAAUGGCUGCAAUUAUCAAUGCACUGGACUCUCUGCUGACCUAAUUGUCUUGGUCUCCUAAUUUAAACUAUUUUGGAUGGAAACAGCUAGACAAUGAGGAUAGUUCAAGACAUCUGGUGAAAUGUAAGAAAACAUAUUUCUAUUCUCAGUAUGCUGGAUUGCUCAUGACUUCGGAAGGUAGUGCCAUAUAUAUUGGGAAAAAAUGGGAAGUUCAGAAUCAUGUGGACAAUGCUUACUUUUAUGAUGAUAGUGUGACAUUUAUUUUGAUUCUAUCGGGGUAUGCAAGUGAUUAUGCGAAGGUGGUCAGUAUUUUCCAUGAUCGUUUGUUGGGAUAGUCUUUUUUUUAUUGACUGUUUUGUGCUCUAUAGUCUACUGAGAUGGAAAAGCCACGUCUGUAUACGAAAAUAAUCUCACUUCCAUCUUUCGUCACUGUAACAAUGACAUGGAAUAACCUGCUUCCUGAAUUCAGAGCUGUCUUCAGGAAUUGAAGUUCACUGGGGAAUCGGCUUGUACUGGGUCAGUUCUAGUCAGGUUAACAAAAAUGGACGAAACGGAGAGAAUAAGCUAUUUCCGGCAAUGAACUGUUAUGAACAAAACAAUUGACCAUGUAUUGUGCUUUCUCUUUCUCUUUCCCUCCUGCCUUUGCUCCUGUUCGUUCCUCUACUCACUCCCUCUUUUACCAUUCCACCCUCGGUGGUUCACCACAAGAAAACUCUCCAAUCCCUAGAAAAUCCAUGUUUGACUCUUACUAUAUUGACUUGGCUGCCAAGGUACUCUGAUAUGAAACCAUUAUCUUUAUUCAUCCAGCGACACAUUCAUGCAGGAUGCCCUCUCUACAUAUUUUGACCCUUGAGCUCCGUCAUCUUUACUGGAUCAGCUCUAUCCAAUGCAGCAAGCUUGUAACCCAUGAUGGAUACUCUACUCCCUUUAGAUCACAUAAUCUAAAUUCACUACGACUACGGUUUGAGGCCUCAUCAUUUUUUCUGUCUGAUAAACGCAGGUGAAUAAAAAAAACAAUGUACCACGGAAGAAUCUUUGUUGAUUUUCCCAGAUAACAAGCUCCUGGUCAGUUUAAUCUCCGUAAGGAGUUUGGAUUCUCUGGAAGUUUUCAAAUGACUCAAACUUUUUACAUUAUUUCCCAUGACUUUUAUCCACAUAAUUUAAUUGAUCUUGCUGAUAAAUAAUUGAUCUUUUACAUUUCCACACAAUCACAUGGGAUUCUUAAAAGGGUAAAACCAUCCACACACUUCCGUGCUAACCUUUCCGCUGCUCAAAAACCCUGUUCUUGUAGGGUUUGGACGUGCACUCUUUUCAGACUUUUCAAGAAGUGCAGCACCCCGCUGAUAAUACUGGCGACGGUGAGAAGCUCUACUUUUAGCCUUCUCUUCACUGAAUCAUCCAUUCUAGUUGCUUUAAUCUUCUAAGCUGUGGUCAGUUCCCAACCGGGCUCGCACUGGCCAUCGAGAAGAAGACCCGGAGGAUGGAGAUAUCUUUGUACUGCUUUGCCCGGGCCAUCGAGAGCUUCUUCACGUGCCUGGCCGACGCCGGCUACACCGUGCAUGCGGGCAGAUUGAAGCGGGCGGAUGUGGUGGUCUUCAGCUUCGCGACCGCCAUCAUCAUGCACUGCUACGACCAGGAGAGGGAGGUCUUCAGGUCCAAGUACUUGAAUGUCCUGGACUGGGUCUUUGGUGUGCCACCUUCACUGGAGAAGGACAGCAAGGGCCAGUCCUGA